AUGAACAACAACAACAAUAGCAUGCUUCCUCCUCCUUCUCUCUCCAAAGAUGAUAGCGUUCUCGGAAUGAACCGAACCGAACGACUCCGAAGGCAACAUUCACAAAUGCAACGACCUAAUAUGCCUGUUACACCCACACUCCCUAAAACCUCUCACUUUCAAACUUCAUCCAUGGACAACAAUAGAAAUCCUCAACUACAACCACCACCAACACAACAAUUACAAGUCUCUCAAGUCCACAAUACACAACAAGGGACCUCCUUUACCAUUGAACUCGAUUCAUCUGUGCCCAAGAAGACUCUUCCUCCUCACUUGGCCGAACGUUUGAGUAAACGAACAAGUGUUCCCAAAACUGUAAAAGACUCGGAGAUGGGUGGAGUGGAAGAUCAGACGACGACUACUGCCAUGAAUACUCAAUCAACAACUACAAGAAAAUCCAUGGGUGCUACUUCCAAUUCUGCCAGGUCCAGCAUUUUGGAAUUCCAGAAAAGAAAGAGUUUGGGUUUGAGACAGACGAGUCUCUUUAACAAGUCGUCCAACACAUCAUCUUCUGUCAUGAAUACAUCAAACACUGAACAAGGAGGAUCUCAAGGCCUUACGUAUACAACCUUUGACACGGUGGCUAAUCAUGGACUCACACUCGAUGAUGACCUUGAAAUUGGUUUCGAAAAUAAGAAUAAUGGAUCUCCUUUGUUAUCCAUGCCAAAUCAACAACUGCCUCAACAACCACCUCAACAACCACCUCAACAAGGAUCUUUUGGAACGAUGAUGGCACCUCCUUCACAACCUCCUCAAGUUGUUUCCUCUCAGCAGCAGCAAGAACAACAGAUGCAAUUCAAUGCUCAACCCAUGACACAAGCUUCACCCAGUGCAUCUCAAAUCACUUUUGGAUUUUCUUCUCAACAGCAACACCCUUCUUCGUCGUCGAUGACACCAUUUGGUAAUUUCUCCUUUACCAACUCGCAACAAGCUGUUGCUUCUUCUCAGCAACCUUCAUUUACUUUUGGUCAGCAACAACAAACAACUUCGACAACACCUCAAACAUUUGCCAAUUCAAUGAAUGAUAGUAUGAGCUUGGGAAAUACUCAAAGUCAACAAGAGCAAGAACGAUUAGAACAAGAAAAGCUCAAGCAACAACAACAACAACUAGCGAUGGAACAACAAAUGCAACAACAACAACAGCAACUUCAAGAGCAGCAACGUCAACAACAAUUGUUUGAGCAACAACAAAUGUGGCAUGCCCAACAAGCUCAACAACAACAGCAAGAAUCCUCUCAACAACCAUUUCCUCAAUUAUAUCCCUCUGUCACUCCACCAAAUUUCUCUCCUCUUAUACUGCCAAGCCAACUGCCUGAAGAAAGCCAACGACUGUUUUAUGAAAUGCAAAUUCAAAGAGCAGAGUUGGAGAGAGAACGCCAAGCUCAUAUGGAAAUGAUAUUAAGAGAGAGAGCAGAGAUUGAGAUGACUAAGGAAAUGCUUCAGCGUCAACAAAUGGAGUUACAAGCAAAGAUGCAAGAAAUUGAGCGAUUGAAGCAAGGAGGGCUUCGAAAGAAUGGGUGUGCCUCUCCUGAUGAUGAUGAACGAAAAAAGGAAGUUGAGGCCCGACGAAUCGAAAAGAGAAAUAUCCAGAGAACAGAAAUUUUAAAAUCAAAACGUGAACUUAAUUUGUUAAAUGUUGACAAGCUGUCUCGAGCUUCCAGAGAAAAGCAAAGAGCAGAACGAGAAGAAGAAAAGAAGAGAGUGAGAUCUUUUUUACCUGCCAAUAUUUUCUCUCCUCCUAAACACAAGCCAUCCCAUGACACUCUCAACAAAAGAGCUUCAAUGUACACUGGAACAAGCAUGAGAAGUCCUCCUUCAUCAAGAGCAAUGACAUCAAGCGAGUCUAUUGCAAGAAGUUCGCAUUCAUCCUCCAAUAAGAUGACCUCAAGUGGACCUUAUCUUGGUCAGAUACCAACGAAUAGUUUGCAAACUCCACAAAGUACAACCAGUUCUUUACGAUCCUUUGCUUCCAAAACAAGCAGCGUUCGUAGUAUGGAGGCAUCUCCUGGAAUUAGCAAGAGAAAGCAAAUGGUUUUGGAAAAAACAAGACGAAAAGCAGAAGAAUUUACAAGAAAGAAGUUAUCGGAUCGCAAUAAUAACGAAAACACCCCAUGUCAACGUUAA